AUGGCUCUCCUUGAUGAGAAGCUCUGCAAUAUGAAUGUGUGCCAGCCGAGGGUCAGUGGGUUACCCACCCCAGAUCUGAGCUGGCAACUAGAUGGAAAGCCCAUCCGCCCCGACAGCGCUCACAAGAGCUCGUGCUCGUGUGAGAAUGGGGUGCACUCUCUGAUCAUUGAGCCAGUCACGUCUCGAGAUGCCGGCAUCUACACGUGUAUAGCCACCAAUCGAGCAGGACAGAACUCUUUCAGCCUAGAGCUGGUGGUUGCUGCUAAAGAAGCACACAAACCCCCCGUGUUUAUCGAGAAGCUGCAGAACACAGGAGUUGCUGAUGGGUACCCGGUGCGCCUGGAGUGCCGGGUUGCAGGGGUGCCACCGCCGCAGAUAUUUUGGAAGAAAGAAAAUGAGUCACUCACUCACAGCACUGACCGAGUGAGCAUGCACCAGGAUAAUCAUGGUUACAUUUGCCUGCUCAUUCAGGGAGCCACAAAAGAAGAUGCUGGCUGGUACACUGUGUCUGCCAAGAACGAAGCAGGGAUUGUGUCCUGUACUGCCAGGCUGGAUGUAUACAUUUCUCAACAUUAAUAGUGAAAUCCCACCAGGAGAACAAAUACCCAAGUAUCACUCAGGAAGUGGAAUUAUUAGCAAGCUAUGCAUGUUGAUUUCUCUUACACUGGCUAGUCAGUUGUGGCUUCUUUAUUCAAGCAUCCUUAGGAGUUAACAGUAGACAAAGGCAUCGAUGUUUUUCACGUUGUCUUAUUACUGUGUUCUGCAAAUGACUGUUUUUAACAUUUCUUCCUGUAUUAUAAUCUUAUCACACUAUCCUAAUGCACUCUAGAUGUGUGUGCCAUUGAUGCUGGAAUGCGUACUGUUGCAGCUUAGUGCUUUUCUCAUUAAUAGAUUUUAGCAGCUCAGCAACAGAUUUGUGAGUGUUUG